UUUGUCCACUAUAUAACUAGCCUGGCGGUCUCUACCCUUCAGAACGGUCAUAGCAGUUUCACAAUGAACCCUACGGUAGCAGUGCUUCUGGGAUUCGCCGCCUUUGCCGCGGCCAGCCCACAAUGGGGACACGGACCUGUCGCCGACACCCCCGAAGUAGCUGCCGCCAAGGCCGCCCAUUUCGCCGCAGUCGCUAGGGCUUCUGGACAACAAGGAGGUUACAACGGUGCUCCCGCCCAGAGCUGGAACCACGCUCCUGCUCAGAGCUGGAACCCAGCCCAAAACUGGAACGGUGCCCAAGAAGACGAUGGUGAAUGGCGCGACGACACCCACCUCUACGACCAAGGAAACAGCGGUGCUCAGGCUCAAUGGUCUGGUGCUUACAACGGAGCUCAGGAAGACGAUGGACAAUGGCACGACGACACUCACCUCUAUGACAACGGAGUCGGACAAAACGCCGGACAAUGGGCUGGUCACAACGCCGGACAAUGGGCUGGCCGUAAUGCCGGUCAAUGGGCUGGUCACAACGCCGGACAAUGGGCUGGUCACAACGCCGGACAAUGGGCUGGCCGUAAUGCCGGUCAAUGGGCUGGUCAUAAUGCCGGACAAUGGGCUGGUCAGAACGCUGGACAAUGGGCUGGACACCAACAACAGCCCCAUUUGGUGAACGGUGAAACCCCUGAAGUCGCUGCCGCCAGAGCUGCUCACCUCGCCGCUCACUCCGCCGUCGCUCAUGCUGCCGGCUCCCACCGUUACAAGAGAGGAGUAUACGCCGUAGCUCCCGUCGCCACCCUCCACUCCGCUGCUCUCGUCAGCCCCGUCGUCCACACCUCUUUCGUCCACACCCCCGUCGUCCACACCCCUGUCUCUCACACUUCAGUCGUCGAAACUUCUGUCGUCCACACCCCAGCCGUUCACCACGGCUACUUUGCCAAAUUCCACGGCCUUUGGUAAGACGUGACAAAGUGCAGCCGAUCUCUAAAGUAUUUAUUGUAAAUUUCCAAUACUCCGAUUUUCAAUAAACUUUAUACUUUUUUACACUUC